ACCACCAGCCACCAGGGUUGUCCUCUCGCUUGUGAACCAGACGGCCCUCGGACGCAGCUCCACGGGCAGUGAAUUCUUUGAGUCUCGUGUCCCUGAUGUUGCCGUCCGUCAGCGCCGCUGAAGAGUAUGUCCGGCCGCCGCCGCGACCGCCCGUGGUCAUUGUUGAGCACGACAAGCCGGCAUCCCAUCCUCAACAGCUGCACAUUUCAACCGUGGGAGCGAGCAGCAUGAGGAUUUCGUGGGUCACCGAGGACCGGAGCGCGCAGUCCGUGGUGGACUACGGGAUAUCACCGGGAAAAUACACGGCUUCCGAGACGGGCUACCACACCACGUACCAGUUCUUAUCCUACAAAUCCGGCGCCAUACACCACGUCACCAUCGGCCCGCUCGAGCCAAGCACGACUUACUACUACCGGUGCGGUAAGGCCGGCGAUGAGUUCAGCCUCCGGACUCCUCCGGCCACCCUGCCCAUCGAGUUCAUUAUCAUCGGUGACGUGGGGCAGACGGGAUGGACGGCGUCCACGUUGUCCCACAUCGGCGCCGCCGGCUACGACAUCCUGCUGCUCCCAGGCGACCUGUCCUACGCGGACACUAGGCAGGAGCUGUGGGACUUGUGGGGGCGGCUGGUGCAGCCGCUGGCGAGCUCACGGCCGUGGAUGGUGACGGCGGGCAACCACGAGAGGGAGACGCUGCGCGAACCCAAGCUGCGCCGAUUCGUUGCCUACAACUCGCGGUGGCGCAUGCCGCACGAGGAGAGCGGCUCGCGCUCCAACCUCUACUACUCCUUCGACGCGGCCGCCGGCGCGGUGCACGUCGUGAUGCUGGGAUCGUACACGGAAUUUGAGGAGGGGUCGGAGCAGCACGCCUGGCUGGAGAGGGACCUGGCGGCGGUGGACAGGCGGAGGACGCCGUGGCUGGUGGUGCUGAUGCACGUGCCGUGGUACAGCACCAACAGGUCGCACCAGGGCGAGGGCGAGAGCAUGCGCAGGGCCAUGGAGCGCCUGCUCUACAAGGCGCACGUCGACGUCGUCUUCGCCGCCCACAUCCAUGCCUACGAGCGCUUUACGAGGAUUUUCGACAAUGAGGCCGACAGCCAGGGCCCGAUGUACAUCACGAUUGGCGACGGAGGUAACAGUAAUGCUCACAAGUUCAUCGGUGACCACAAGUCAGCGCACCUGUCGAUGUUCCGGGAGGCAAGCUUCGGACACGGACUGCUGAGGAUCGUGAAUGAGACGAGCGCCGUCUGGACAUGGCACAGCAACGACGACGAAUACACAACAAUCCGCGACGAGGUGUGGCUGAAAAGUUUGGCCAGCGCAGAAUCGGCCCUACCAACAAACGCCGGUCGUCACACCGAGGAGUUGUAGGCGGAUAUGCGUGGGAAAACGAUCGAAUUCGUAUGUUUUUUUU